AUGUUACAUUUUCUAAAUUUCUAUUUUUACUUUUUAUUAAUUCAACAAGAAUUAGCUCAAAUAACAAAACCAAGAGAGAGAUUUGAAAACUAUGCAAUUUAUGAAGUGACAGCUUUUAAUGCUCGAGAAAGGGCCUUAUUGUAUUAUCUUUAUGUAAAAAAUGAAGAACUUGUGUUUCUAAAUGGAAUCACUAAUGAGGCAGCUGUACCUAUGGAUGUUAUUGUAGAUAAAUGUUGCACAAGUUUUUUUGAAGAAAAAUUGAGAGAUGAUGACAUAGAAUUUGUUAAAAUUAAUGAAAAGUUUUUGGCGAAAAGUAGAGAAAUUCUUUGUAUUGAAAACCGUUGGGAUGGAACACAUACUCCAAAUAUAACAAAAGCAUUUUAUUAUUGGGAUGCAAUCCAGUUUUGGAUUGAUUCUAAAAUCAAACAUUUUCCAAAAUUAACAAAAAUCAAAAUAGGUGAAACUUAUGAGAAAAAAGAAAUAAUAGUAUUAAAAUUAUCAAGCGGACAUAAAAAAUCAGCUGUAUUUGUUUUGGGGGGUGAAGAUGGCCGAGACAAGGUGUCUCCUGCAAUACUUUUGAAUUUUAUUGACUACAUAUUGCAGCAUAGACUUAAUGUAGAUAUGCUAAUAAAACAUCAUGAUUUCUAUAUUCUACCAAUGCUUAAUCCUGAUGGUUAUGAUUACAGCAUGAAAGUAAUUAAGUAUUAA